CGUGCAGUACGGACGAUCGACAACCGGCCGCACAAUAUGGCCCGCUCACCAGCGCGUAGGAGAGACGACCGCGACACUCGGCGUGACCGGGAUCGAGAAUACGAUCGGAGCUAUCAUCGACGAUCGCGCAGCAGAGAUGUAAGAGGUCGUGGCACUUACCACAGCGACAGAAGUUUGAUAGACAGACAGACCCAGCGCCGCGACGAUCGCCCUCGUGGAGCAAGCCGAGACUACUCUCGCGACCAUCGCGACCGCGGCUAUGAACGAGAUCGAUCCCGAGACUAUGGCCGCGGUCGCCGCGAGCCUCGCUCACCCGAGGAUGAGGCUGAGAAAAGGGCGAAAGCAGAGAGACUGGCCAAGGUCGAGGCAUGGAAGGCAAAGAAAGCCCAAGAGAAGGCCAAGUUCGAAGCCGGAAAGGCUGCUUCUGCUUCUGCCUCUGCUUUAACCCCAACCGCUGCAUCGCCGUCAAACUCGCAGACCACUACAGCUGUCGGCUCGCCAGCACCUGCUCCAACAUUCGAAGAUACACCUGCGACAACGCGGGCCAAGUUCGAUCCUAAGGCCAUCAAGAAGCAGACGGAAGGCAAGUUGAAGCCCGAACAGGCAACACUCGGCGGCGAUGCAGCCGUUCCUGCUAUCGCCAAUGGAAACGCAAACGAUCUGAACACUGUCGCGCAGACAGGAAAUGUGCCGAAAGGUGAGGGCAACAUCACGGGCUUCGGCCUAAACAAGAGCGCUUCCGAAAAGACUGGCGAUAAGACUGCUACAGCAAAGUCUGCUGCCCUGGACGACGAGGAUGAUGUGCAGCGUAAAUUUAAGAAGCUUCCUGACCUUGUCCUCGAGUCUACUACAAGUGAUGUUGCGGAUCCUAAUGGAGAAGAUGACCAAGACGAUGACAUGGAAGAUCUUCGAAGCGACGAGGAAGAGGCUGAAGCCGCUCGACAGGCGGCUCAAAAGCGUGCGGAAGAAGCGCAAGAAGAUCAAGAUGCCACCAUGCCUGAUGCCGAACCCUCAGUACCAGCCACGACAUCUGCUGCUGUUGCUGAUACUGCAAUGGAAGUAGACGAGGACGUCGAUCCACUGGAUGCCUUCAUGAACAAUCUCGAGGAAGUCCCGGAGAGGCGACCACAGCCGAGUGCAGCCAAGCGUGGCACACGAGAGCCCCGGCUCUUUGAUGAGGAUGAUGGCCCAGAUCUUGAUGCAGUCGGCGACAACCCAGAAGAUCUACUGAACCCCGCUAGGCGCAAGAAAAAGGAGAUUCCUGCUGUCGACCACUCGAAAAUUGACUACGAAUCAUUCCGCAAGAACUUUUAUAACGAAUCGAUUGAGGUCUCGGAAAUGACUGAAGACGAUGUGACGACGCUCAGAGCUGAGCUUGACAAUAUCACCGUCAGAGGUGUGGAUCCGCCGAAGCCAAUCACGAAGUGGUCACAGGCUGGUUUUGGUGCCCAGGUGCUGGACGUGAUCCGCGAGAACAAAUUCGAGAGUCCAACGUCCAUUCAGUGUCAAGCUCUGCCGGCGAUCAUGUCUGGCCGUGACACCAUUGGUAUUGCGAAGACUGGCUCAGGCAAGACUCUGGCAUUCAUUCUACCCAUGUUCCGUCACAUCAAGGACCAACGCCCGGUCGCAAAUCUGGAAGGCCCCGUUGGCAUCAUUAUGGCGCCGACUCGGGAGCUUGCCGUUCAAAUUCAUCGCGAAUGCAAACCAUAUUUGAAGGCGCUUGGUCUGCGUGGUGUGUGCGCCUACGGUGGAGCUCCCAUCAAGGAUCAGAUUGCAGAAUUGAAGCGAGGCGCAGAGGUCGUCGUGUGCACCCCAGGACGCAUGAUCGAUCUUCUCGCUGCCAAUCAGGGCCGCGUCACGAAUCUACGCCGCGUUACCUACGUCGUUAUGGAUGAAGCUGAUCGCAUGUUCGACAUGGGUUUCGAGCCUCAGAUUACACGCAUCUUGGGCAAUAUUCGACCAGACAGGCAGACUGUCCUCUUCUCGGCAACAUUUCCAAAGAAGAUGGAAUCUCUUGCACGGAAGACGCUCUCGAAACCAGUUGAGAUCGUUGUAGGAGGUCGCAGUGUCGUGGCUCCCGAAAUCACUCAAAUCAUCGAGGUUCGACCUGAGGAUACGAAGUUCCGCCGCGUUCUGGAGCUGCUCGGCAAUCUACUCGAAGAAGAUGAAGACGCUCGUUCUCUCGUCUUCGUUGAGAGACAAGAAACUGCCGACCACAUCUUCAAGGAAUUGGGCAAGAAGGGGUACCCCAGUGUUUCUGUACACGGAGGCAGGGAGCAGAUCGACCGUGACCAGGCCAUCCUCGACUUCAAAUCGGGCGCCAUACCCAUCAUGGUGGCCACGUCUGUGGCGGCGAGAGGCCUCGACGUGAAGCAGCUCAAGUUGGUGAUCAACUUUGAUUCGCCCAACCACGGAGAAGAUUAUGUCCAUCGUGCCGGCCGCACUGGUCGUGCUGGCAAUACCGGUACUGCUGUUACAUUCGUCACUCCCGAGCAGGAUCGGUAUGCGCCUUUCCUCGUCCGAUGCUUGGAGGACAGCAAGCAAGAGCCUCCAGAUGAUCUCAAAGAACUGGCAGCAACACAUAAGAAAAAGGUCGAGGCUGGUGAGGCAUCUCGGGCAGGUUCAGGCUUUGGUGGCCAUGGCAUCGAGCGGCUUGAUGCUGCUCGUGCUGCUGAACGUGCACGAGAGAAGAGCAUGUUCAAGACUGGAGACGAGCCAGAGGAGGAGAACGAAGAGGCUAAGAAGGAGAAAGACAAGAAAGAGAGCGAGGUGGAGAAGCUUGUCUCAAAAGCUGCCGGCAAGGUCACCGAUCGUGAUGCUCAAGCUGAGCAGACGGGUCAAGGUGCGCACUUGGCCAAUGCUUUGAAGGUGUCGAAGACCGAAACGCCUGCGGCCAAUCCUGCCACCAUCAGCGAUCCUGUUGCCAGAGCUGCAGCGGCGGCGGCCAGUAUCAACAGUCGUCUCGGAACAAAGGGUGCGACGCGUCCGGGAGCACCGAUCGACAAUCGUGGUCCAGACGCCGGAGCGUUCCAUGCUACGCUUGAGAUCAAUGACUUCCCGCAGAAGGCCAGAUGGGCUGUCACGAACAGGACGAAUGUGGCCAAGAUCCUUGAAGCGACCGGGACUUCGAUCACUUCCAAGGGCAUCUACUACCCGGCCGGCAAGGAAGUCAACGCUGGCGACGAGCCGAAGCUCUACAUUUUGGUGGAGGGUGAUACAGAGAUUGCGGUGCAGUCGGCGAUGCGUGAGCUUUCACGUCACUUGACCGAAGGCACACUGCAGGCACAAGAUGCAGAGAACCGUUCUGGAGGCGGAGGCCGAUACCGUGUUGUUUAA